AUGCUGUGGGGCCGCCUGCAGACAGUCAAGAUAAAGGCUGGAAGCUUAGGAUACGGACAGGGCCCUAGCCAAUCGCGCCAUGGAGCCAAGACCAUCUCCGGACGCUACGAUUCGUUCCUGCGACGGCCAUCCCUCCCAGUGUCCCUCCUCGAGGCGGGUCUCCGAAUGUUCUCUGCGUCGCCCAAGACCUGGGCGACGGACCUUGAUCGUAUUUUUGUCCACGGUGAUUGCGUGCUCAGGGGACUGCGACAUCACGACACCGGCUACCGGCAUCACGAAACCCAAGCGACCGACAAGACAGACAAGCCUCGGCCAACGGGCAAGAAGACGCCGUGGCAGCGGUUGAGGCUUCGUGCCCAGCCUCGGUGGCAUGACAUGGCUUACCCAACCCUUCCUUUGAGAUACGGUCGCUAUGGUGUGUGA